AUGAUCGCUGAGUUGGCCAUUGCACCCGGGAAACUUGCCGAGAAAAUCUCAGCGCAUUUGGAAUUGGGAAUUGGGAACAAAAAGGUUUGUUGCAAGUCAUUGGAGAAAUGUGUACGAGGAAUGAUGCCCAAUAUUGACGAAUUGAAUAAAAGCAUUUCUGCCUACACAAAAUAUGUGGCGGAGAAACAACGACACGAUGCGAACGUUUACAAUAUGACGCAAAAGAGGGAGCUCGAGAAUGAGCAACGUCGACAGCGUGGAGAACCGUUGAUGUCUUUUGAUGACAUCAAACGAUUAAAAGGACCUCAACUGCAGACAAAGAGUGGGAUCGAAAUCGACAAAGAGGUCGAAUCGUUUCUUUUAAGUGCCGACACCGAGUCGACAGCGACACCGAGCCGACACCAGCGAGCCGCAAUU